UCCUUCCCAAGGCCGCAGCCACAGCCAGAGGUGACUCCGGAGAGAUGGCGGAGCAGCACGGUGUGCCGGAGCAGGCUGCGGCUGGCAAGAGCCACGGAGGCCUCGGCGGUGGCUACAAGGUGACGGUGUUUGAGCUGGAGAACUUUCAAGGCAAGCGGAUCGAGCUCUCGACCGAGUGCCCCAACCUGACGGACAGCCUGCUGGAGAAAGUGGGUUCCAUCCAGGUGGAGUCUGGACCGUGGCUGGCAUUCGAAUGCAGGGCCUUCUGCGGAGAGCAGUUCGUCCUGGAGAAGGGGGACUACCCUCGCUGGGACUCCUGGUCCAACAGCCACCGCAGCGAACACCUCCUGUCCAUCCGGCCUCUGCGUGUUGAUAGUUCUGAUCACAAGUUGCAUCUGUUUGAGAACUCAGCUUUCAGCGGCCGCAAGAUGGAAAUAGUGGAUGACGACGUGCCCAGCCUCUGGGCUCACGGCUUCCAGGACCGUGUGGCGAGCAUCCGUUCCAUCAGCGGGACGUGGGUCGGCUAUGAGUUCCCGGGGUACCGUGGACGCCAGUACGUGUUUGAGCAGGGCGAGUACCGGCACUGGAACGAGUGGGGUGCCAGCCAGCCCCAGCUGCAGUCGGUGCGCCGCAUCCGAGACCAGAAGUGGCACAAGAGGGGCUGCUUCCUCGCCAGCUGAGGGGCCCCCAGAGUUCU